AUGCGUGGACACAAAAUUAGAAGUUUAAAUAAUAUUGUGUACAGCGGGUUUAGGCAAUACUCAUCAUGUUGCCCUCCACAACCACCGCGGUGCGGAUGUCCUCCGCAGAUUCCUGGCUUUGGCAGGCGCAUUGUGCCACCAACAGACUGUCGUCCAGGACCCGUGCCACCAAAUCCAUGUAUGCCUAAAUUUCCUGUGAAGGGCGCGUGGAGGAAAUAUAGAACUUUAUUUUUUUUAAUUGGAGUCCCUGUAAUGAUAAUUCAAGCUUUUCACGCACUUGGACACGAAACACCACCAAAAGGAGAAUGUCGUGACUAUGAAUACAUGAGACGACGUACAAAGAGGUUCCCAUGGGGAAGAAGAGGUAUAAAAUCUUUAUUCCACAACCCUCAUACUAACCAUUUACCAGGAGAAUGUGAACCUCCGCCUCUAGAUUGUGAUUAG